GGUGAAGCUGAGUUGAGUUGAGUUGUGAUUGCGAGUGAGUCGAGUUCGUUUCGUAGGUAUAGGAAGUUCGUCGGGAGUGCAAGUGCCAAUAAAUUAUCUCGUGGACGCUGUGAUGGUAGUGUUUUACGAUUCAUGUGUGCCGCAAAAUCGGUGAACAGUGACAUAUUGGAUAAUCGGACUCGGAGUUGGGCGAGAUUUUGCGGGCGAAUUGUCUAUCGGCAGCGAAAACGGAAGUUUUUUCGCCAAGUGCGUAUGGCAUAUGCGUGAGAUUGCGUUUUCUUCGUGGUUGCUUCUUGCUCUCCUUCCAUCGUGUGGUCGAAUCGAAUCGAACGGAGGAGGCCGUCUUCUUUGCUGCUCCGCACUUGGAUGAGGAGAACGAACGCGAGAGGUGGUCUUCAUCAUUUUCCUGCGUAGUGAGUGAGUGGUGAAUGGUAGUGGUGGUGAAUUCACAUCGCAUGGUUUUGUUCUUUGGUGAGUUCGAAAUGAGCACCAAUACAGUGAGGGGUGGAUUUCACGACCAUCGUUGAAUGGGCCACAAGUGAAUGGGAUGGUUGUGUUUGUGAGUGAAACAAGAAUGAAAACAGGUUUGGGACUGUCAACAAAUCUCAUCUCUGUAGUGCAGUGUUGUCAGUUUGGACGGAGAGUAUGAAGAUUGACAUUUCAAUCGAAAUAUGUGAUAAAUUACGCAUGGCUCGCAUGUAAUAAUUAAAAUGUCAAUACUCAGUUGACAUGUGGUCGAACAACAAUCAUCAGCAGCAUCAGCAUCCCCGCGAUCAUCAUCGUCAUCAUCAGCAGCAGUAGCAACGACAUUUGCAACGACUCUUCCAUCGAACAUUGAUUGGCAAAGAGGCGUAGAGUACAGUAGUAGAGCGAUUCUACCACCAUCAAGUCGCAGUCUAGAGAACCAGUCCGAGACAGUACUUCCAUAAUACAGUGCUGUGGCUGCCCAUCGGAAACAAGUUUUUUUUUCGUCUACUUUGGCUUCUUCUUGGUGGGAGGACUCUUGUUCACUGUCGUGGAAGACGCCGUAGUCGUCGUUCAAAAGUCGCGAGUCGCGCAAACUAGGUCUCCUCACGGCGAGACUAAAACUACACACGCGAGGACUCACAAACGGGUUCCCGACUAGACACUUCGGGCGCGCUGUAUUCUGUCGGUCGGUCGGUCGGUAGUUAGCAUUAGAGGCAGCAGCAAUAAAACUAGUGGUAGUAGCAGUGCAAGUUGUGGUAGCUGUACAACUUGUAGAGUCGGUGAUAUAGAGCAGUUAGAAUCGAGAUCCCAAGGAUCUCCUAUCGUGGUGUAAUAGCAAUGAUAGCAACGACUUCAGCCAAGCUGAGAUCUUCUAGGAGACAGACGUCGUAAUGUAAUAUCGAGCAGCAAGUCCCGAGGAAAUGAAAGAGUUACAGAACCCCCUCAGGCUCAGUAAAGCGAAAUUAAUAUGAGUGAGUGCAUGUGAGCGCACACUGUGCAGCAGCCACCACAUGCAGGCUGCCCAGAAGUGUACGAUAGCUCGAACGAACAAGUUGGAAGUGUGUUGCCAAGCGACUGCAUAUGUGUGGUGCGAGAGCCGUAAGUGAGUGGAUGUCGUGUGCGGGUCGGAGUAGAGGCGAGCCUAUUUCUGCAGAAUAGGAAUUACCAAUAACGGAUACCGCGCCCAAAACUGGCACAGCUCACCUACCCUACACAAUCAUCAGCGGUUGCAUACACAAGCGCAGCAUCGCCAGUUGCUUCAUCGUGCUCGUCGUCGGCGUCGCCAUCGAGUGAGUGUGAAGCAGAACCGACCGAAUCGAAAAAAAAAAACCGGUGGCUGGCCAGUCCUGUUCGACUGUUCAGUUCAGUUGGGUUCUCUCCGGCGCGGCGUAAAGAGGUGCAAUCAAAUCGCAACGACGCCUGCCUCAGUUCAAAUUCAAGUCAAGUCGAGUCUCAAAAACGCGUCUCGUGUUUCAUUGGUUGGUUUCAUCGGAACGGUAUUGGUGUGAGAAAUUAGGAGAAACUCACUCGAAGUGAGGUGUGAUAUAAGGGAGUGCAAAAAAAAUAUGAAAGAAACACCGUCGAGGUGAAAAAGUGUGCUGUUGUAUUCUUAUAGUAGAGGGCUACGGCAAAAAGGGCCCUGAAGGCAAUUAAUCCAGUGUGUGUAACAAGUGCUACGGGUUCGGGUACCUCUAUCGCUCACCUUCGGUGAUUCAGGUGGCAAGAAGUUCCUUGGAGAAGAGUGGGGUGGGAAGGAAAUUGAAAAUUUCAGUCGAAUUGUAGUGAGAAUGAUCCCAACAGCAGAGAAGAAUCAAGGGAUCGUUCAUACAGAAGAUCAGGCAGCAGCAGCAGCAGAAAGAAGAAACUGAAAACCCUUUGGAAGCGGGGAAGAAGGCAAGAAUCCGAGGUCUUCCGUUUUGGCAGAUGAACAACGUCUUGAAGUAACCUUUUCUAAUGGAAGCACUUAGUGCAAGCACCAGUCAAGUUCAACGCCGUAGUAAGUUCAGUUGUGAUAUCUUUGCGAGAAGAAGCCAGGUUCCCAGGGCCAUAGUCUACAGUGCCAGUGAAAGUGAUUGUCCGGAGAAAAGUGCAGGUUAAACCGGUGUCGUUUCGGUGCAAAGCAAGCAAAGCAAUAGCCACUCCAGAGCAGAAUCGCGACAACAGCGUCCAGGAAGAAGCUAGCUGCAAGUGUUCGAUUCAUGUGCAGGGUGGUGGAUAGUUUUCUAUUGCACGAGGGAAAGAGAAGCGAAGCAAAUUUUGUGAGUUAUUCUGAUCAUCCAGAAGUCGAGAAGAAACGUGUGAUCUAGAGUGAGUACUACGUGGGGAGAGUUUGUCACGCGAGCAUUAGCAGCAGCAGGAGUAUAACCAAAAUUGGGAACUCCAGCUGGAAGCGGUUCCCUGAUUUGCACCGGCUGAAAGCGUGCAUGGCCAACACUCUGUCGACCAGUAAGAUGACUAACCCGAUACGAAAUCUCGUGAGCAAACGUCGGAUCCGCUACACCCAGGAUGGAUUCGAUCUGGAUCUUACAUACAUCAACGACCGGAUCAUCGCCAUGGGCUACCCGGCGGAACAUAUGGAAUCGAUCUACCGCAACAAGAUCGAGGACGUGCAGAAAAUGCUGGAGAAGAACCACGCCGGCUGCUACAAGAUCUACAAUCUCUGCUCGGAGCGGAGCUACAAUCACAAGCGCUUUCCGUACUACUCCGGAUAUCCCUUCAAGGAUCACAACCCACCGGACAUCGAACUGAUAACGUCGUUCUGCAGAGAUGUGGACGAACACCUCCGGGCGGACAGCAAAAACGUGGUGGCCGUCCACUGUAAAGCGGGCAAGGGUCGGACAGGUACGAUGAUCUGCUGUUACCUGCUGUACAGCCGGCAGUUCAACACAGCAGCCGAAGCGCUCCACUACUACGCACAGAGACGCACAAGCGACAGCAAAGGCGUCACGAUUCCAUCCCAGAGGCGAUACGUCGAGUACUACGCUUCGCUGCUCCAAAGCAACGAAACCUAUAAACCGGUGACGUUAUAUAUCAGCGAGAUUAGGAUAGCCCCGGCGGUGAACCUCAAGGAGGGCACGAUCACCAUAACCGGUCAGGAUCCGAAGCCACUGCCCGAGUUCAAAAGAGGCACCAACAAUGACCAGCAGCAAAUCGUGGCCAAGUUGGACUACUGCAUGCCAUUGGCCGGCGACGCCAAGAUCGAGCUGGUCAAGAACUCGGUGAUGAAGGAGAAAAAAUGCCACUUUUGGUUCAACACGUACUUUGUGGAACGAUCGGCGAAGAGAGACUCCGAGGGAAACCUGUUGCUAGAGUUUAGCAAAUCGGAAAUCGAUGAUGCACACAAGGACAAGUAUCAUAAGGAGUAUCCUAACAACUUCACGGUGUCACUCGUAAUGCGAAGAGUACCGAACGGUAGGUUCUCGGAGAGCGUUACCCUGAAGUCGUCGUCUCAGCUGAUCAGUUGCACCAUGGAGAACAACCGACAGUCGCACAUAUUUCCCCAGUCCCAGAUCCCGCUGCAGAGGCUGUACCAACAGCAGCAUCAGCAUCAUUCGCCUCUCCAGCCGCAGCAACAUCAUCCACCGCAUCGACAAAUCAGCAGCGAUCCCUAUCGACCAACGAUAAUCAAACACCACAACAGUUCACCCGGUGGUUUCCUGCAGCAUGACCAGACACAACAACAGCACCACUAUCAUCAGCAGCAACAACUAAACACACUGCCACAGCAGCAGCAGAACAACCACCAAAAUCAUGAUCCCCAACAGCAGCAACAACAGCAGCAGCAGUAUUUCAAGCGGUCGCUCGAAAACAUCCCGCAGCAGCACUACGCUGAUGAUAGCCAUCAACUCCACUGUCAGGACUACUCGGAAUCGUCCAGCUCGGAAUCGUCAACCGAAGAGGAUGGAUGGGAUUCCGGAACCGUCGUCAGCAGCAACACUCGCCGUCAUCACGUCACCACACCUACCUCCACCAUCUCCUCAAACUUCGCCGGCAACACCCGAAACGGCAACGGUGUCACCGGUUGGAACAUCGUUGCGUCACCGUCCUGUCCCUUCAAUCACCUUCAGCUUCGGAACCAUACUCAUCAUUCGAUAGCGUACGAUGACGAUGAUCAACCGAACGAGGACGUUGAUGAUGAUGAGGAUGCUGCCGCUCCGGGUGCCACUCGUACUACUAGUCAGGCCAUGUGCUCACCGAGCGGUAGCCGAUCGUCGGUAACUUCGGCUCCUGAACCCCCAGUGAAGCCCAGCUCGACAAAAUCGCCAAUCAAAAAGUCGGCCUCGGCCGUCGAAGCAGCGGUCUCCACCGCGGCCAACAAACUGCGUCGAAUGUCGGCCAACGCGAAAUUUAGCUUUAGCAACAAUAACAGUAGUAACACUAACUGUAAGUCCAACAAUAAAUCUAGUACUAGUAGUGCUGUUAGCGGUAGUAGUAUCAAUAAUUGUGAUAUUUUAAACGUGUUGACGCAUGGGCCGAUUUCCCAGCAAGCGUCGUUAAACGCAGCUGUUCAACAAAAGAAGUACAACAACGCGUCGAGUCCAAUCACCAGUCCGAACAAAGUGGUGGGACGAAGUAUUAGUAACGAUCCGACUGCUUCCACGUCCUCCGGUGCCACGUCGACGAUAGCGGACCACCUGCGACGGGACUCCUUGCCAAUCAUCGGUGGUCUGCUGUCGUCGUUCUCGUCCUCGUCGGUAUCAUCCUCGAACUCAUCCUCGCUUUCCACAUCCACAUUCGGAACCGGUAGCAACCACCAGGGCUUACCAUUGCUGGGGUCUACCGUGGGCCAGCAGAAGCCUAGUAAACUGCAAGCACUGUUUUCGGUUAGCUCUUGUUACAAUGGAUCUCACGGACGGAACGACGGCGGGAAGAUUAAUAACGGACGCCGCGUGAGUCGAACCAUCUGCUACGGCGAUGAGGAAGAUGAUGAUGGUAAUGUUGGAGGUGGUGGUGGCGGUGAUGGUGAUGACGAUGAUGAUAAUCGCGAUGACGACGAUGUGGUGGCGGCGGCGGUGGCAAAGGUGACACUCGGGAGCAAUGGAACUCCGCGUCGGAAUGUUCCGCGUAAGCUCGGUAGCACCGCAAGUAAUAGUGAUAGCGGACGGAGCAGUACCGAAAUUGGGCCGGAGGCCGAGAAAGAGCCACAACGGCAGCGCCAGGAUGGAGCUGCUAGCAAUGGCUGCUUGAAUGAUGUGGUUUAGAUUGGGAUGGGAAGUGUGAGAGGAAUUGUUUUUAAUCGGUUGUGCUUGGAUUUGGGGGUGUGCUGAAGUUAUGGACGUUUUUUAUUGUUGACGUGGAAUCAUUUGAAAUGAGAUGGUUGGAAAUAUACUUUUUUUUCCAAUGAACAAACAUUGUUUAGAAAGUACCUCAGUAUUUAAGUAAUUUGGAGUUUGUAUUUCUAGCCACACACUGUAUAUCUAGCCAGAGGCACUGGAAGUGGCCAGAGAAACUCGGGAAUAUUCCUGUGACCGGAGUUAUUCCGAUGUGUCACAGGGUCAAGUCGGGUAAAAAUGGCGAUUUCUUGGGACAUGUCAAGUUAUUUUUUUUAAUUUUUGCAAUGACAACCAUUUUAAGAAGAACCGGCUAUAGUUUUGAUGGAUACCAAACCGUUUCAAUUCUCGAAAACUAGAGCUCAAACAUAAUAGUUCACUGAAAUGCGUUCCAAUUAGCUUGGCACAGAUGUUUAGAUACAAAUUGGCCACUUUAUCGUAAAUUUGAGGCGUCCUGGGGUCUUAAGGUCUUAGGGUCAAUCAAUUGCAGAAUAUAUGGUUAUUCAACUCAAUCGUUUCUCAAAAGGUUUACGGAUACUGGAACUUGCGGAGUUCUUGGAUAAAUUCAUGGACACAUACUUGAAAGAUUCGAAAAAAAAAAACCUGAAGAAAUUCUUAUGAAACUCCGUGGUGAAUGAUCGAUCCAUGAUUAGAAUUCGUUGAAGAAAUUUCUAAAGGUGUCAUUGGAGGAUUUCAUUCCACAUAAAAUUCGUGAAGAAAUUCAAGUAAAUCCUGAUAACACCUAGGAAUGAUUUAUUCACUGUAGAGAUUCUUGAAGUAAUCUCAAUAUUAAUCCAUAAGGAGAAAUUCCUGAAACUGAGUACGUAUGGAAUAAUCUUUGAAAGAAUUCUGGGAUUGGAUCCAUGGAUAAAUCAUUGUAGAAAUUCGUAUAAAUUUAUUAUUUAGAGGUUCAAAGAUUUUUAUUAGUUUUAAGAAAAAAUCCUGCAGGAUUACUUGAACUAAAUCCUGGAGUAAUUUCAAGCACAAUUAUUGGAUUGCAGUUAUUUUCCUAUUGGAAGAAUUCAUGAAAUAAUCCCUAGAGAAUUUUAUUAGGGGUCCCUGAAAAAAAAUCUGCUCAAAUCCCGGAAGACAUUUAUAAAUAUUCUAAAAGAAUCCGUAGUAGUCUCCUUUUAAAACUUUGGA